AUCAUUCUGUGUUUCAAUAUCAACUGAACCAAUACCCAUACCUUACGCAUAUCUCUUAGUAUUUGAACUUGGUUUGUUGGGUGUUUUAAAUGGCACUUUAUGCCAGUAAAACACUGUCUGUGAGAGAAUGAGAGCCGGGGGCUUUAAAUCGGUCGAUGUUUAAACUUGUACAUUUGGUCAUGGGUGUACCCCCGAGAAUAUUACACUCUGUGGCUCAGUAUUUGGACUAAAUUUGAUUAUUUCCGUGAAUAUUUCAUGUUUCCUUCGCGCCUCUCUCUGGACGUAACCCUUUCUUAGAGUAAAUGACGUAACUGUGUUGUGUGAUUUGAUAUGGCGGGACUUUUGCAAUACUACAGUUUUUAAUCAAUGAAUUAUUAAUUUAUGACAAGGCAGCCAACGUGUUUUAUGACUUUUCAAAUCUUUCAGUAAAUUGUAAGAGGAAUUGGAUUUUUUGCUGUAAAGGUUGUGCGGAUUCUUUGACCUAAGAGACAGACUUAUAAUAGUAAACCAUGGACACGAAUGGACUGAUUGCCGUAGUGGGAGGGUCUUUGGCAGGGCUAGUUGUGAUUUUGAUAGUCUUGGCUGUUAUCAUCUACUGUGCUUGUGGUAAAAGAAGAGAACACGAGGAAAAACAUCGUCGACUACCGAACAGCAUUAGUCAGGACACAAGCCUAAGCAGGAACAGUAAAUAUGGCAACGGAAUGGACCCGCGGAUGGAGCCUCCCCCUGACCCCAGACUACCGAAGGUGGGGAGUAAUGGUCUGUGGAUGGGGGCACCCUCCAUGUACACCCCAGGGAAGCCCCAGAUGUAUUAUAACGACAACCAGAGAAGGCAUCAACCGUCUGUUCAGCGAGCCAUAUCGGAGGACAGACUGUCACCACGUUACAAUCGACAGCUGUACAGACACAACUAUAAAGACCGAGAGAUCCGAAGUGGCUCGCUACAACGAUACCCGUAUUAUGACAGCUACAAUUUUUAUCAUCCCUAUAUGGUAUAUCAGGGAAAUCCACAGAUUUAUCACAGUCAACAAGUGACCUCGUCCUAUGAACCGUACGGCCGUCUUCCUCGCAGUAACAGCUAUAUGGAGCUGUAUCCGCCAUCACCCUAUGCUGGCUAUCCAUCCAGUGGAUACGGUGGUGUUCGAGAUUCUCGGGCAGUUCUGGUGGAAUAUCCGGACGAUUCUGAUCACAUCUACGAUCCCUACCGGGAUAUGUUUGAUGAUCGGAAACGUGGGAAGAAGGUACAAAGAACACACAGCGAUUUGACAGGAACCAAACGUAAAAAACGUGAACGGAAGUACGAUUCUCCUUACGAUCUUGAGCAUCGUCCCUCCAACAAGGAAAAAAGGGAAGAGAGUGACCGAAGGAAGAAAGGGUCUCUGGAAGGUCGUGUGCCUCGAACAGCUUCCGUAGAGAUUCACGAAAGGCAGUCACGUGAUCAUAAACAACGUGAGAUGAAAGAGAACAUGAAUGGUGUCAGAGACGAUAAGGAGACAAAACCGGAAGUGAACGAACAAGAACUCUCUCAGACAGACAGUGCUAAACUGAGAGCAAUGCAAGAGAAAUCAAAAGACACCGUAGACAGUCAACCCAUAACAACUCAGUGGAAUAAUAACAAGGAGGAAUUAAAGCUAAACUUGCCGAAGGAUAGUGAUGACGAAGACGUUGAAGUGAAACGUUAUGAAUACAGUGGACAUAUACAGAGGGACAGGGAGAAUUCUAGAGAGAGACAAGGGAACAUGAGGAAUAAACUAAAUGAAAGCACAUUUGUCAGUGUGAAAGUAACUCCAGAUAUGUAUGAGAAGACUGGUCACGACAACCCGGUGUUCAGUGAUGAAGGUCCCCUGUCUUCUCGGACUCCCACUAGGGGUAGGAAAGAAAGAUCGGACAGCAAUACUGACGGUAAACAAGUGUCGGCUGCCUUUGAUUUUUUGAAUAAUUACCUGUCGGACGAUGAGGGGACAGACUACCUAGGAAGUCGAUCUCACUCCCCCGUACCUCUGUAGCACAGCAAAGUCAUCAUGAUGCAAUUCUCAUAUGUGAGUGAACGUUUUUUGGCCAUGUGAAGGAUGACCAUCUGCAAAUUGCAGAUUAUAGAAUGUGCAAGGAAAGCUGAAGAAUUGUGCAAAUUUAGAAACAAUGAACAUGAAUUUCUACAAAGAGAAACGCAAUGAAUUUGUUUAUAUUUUAUGAUAUACAAAUCCUGUGCCAAACAAGAUUGCAAGUUUCUUGUCUUUUUAUGAUAUUUUUCUUGACACAAAAACCAAUCAUAAACAAAUUCAUAUCAUGCAGAAUAUAAUGGAGUUUGAUAUUCUCUUAGCAGCUAAUAAUGAGUGCAAAAUUAAAACUUAUUUCAGUUAUACUGGAAUUGAGCUUAGCCUGUUAAAUCUUAUGCUUGUUGUUGAUAUGUAUGGUUGAUUCUUCCUUAUAGAAUACUCAAAGAACAAAAAUCAAAAUUGAACGUAUAUAUAUACUAGUUUUUCUUCUCAGCACGUCCGGUCGUUUUGAGAAGGAUGGUUUCUUGUGUUGAAAGGGUGAUUUAUCGUAUUUUUAAUGUGUGAUGUGUGUUUGUUUGUAUGAUCUUUUUGUAUGCAAUUUUUGAAUUUUUGCUUUGUUUUAUUGUACUCCAAAUUGAUAAUGGUGAACAUUUCUUAAUAUACUCCAAAUGGAUAAUGGUAAACAUUUCAUUCUAUUUUUACGUAUGAUUUUAGUGCAAAUCAUCUUUUUUCAUUAUAAUAUACAUAUUAUUUUUUAUUCUUUCAAAAAUUGUUAAUGCAAGAUUCAGUGAGCGUAUGCAUCUGAUAAGGUUAAGUCAGCAUCUUAAUCAGCAGUUUAUGUCAUAAUUAUGAUUACGUAAUCCAGAUGAGAACUAAUGAACAAGAUACUAACAAAAAAAAGUGUAGAGUGCAUCUCUCCAAUUUUUGUUCAUGGAAUCAACUGAAACUGUUUAACUGUUGAUCUUAAAUAUAAACUUUAAAAAUUGCCACAAUAAUUUCGUGUACUUGUAUUUUCAUAUUCGAUUUGUAUCAAUUUUUAUAUAUCCAACAAAAAGAAUGUAGUAUGCCAUAUUUGUAUUUAUUUUGUAAUAAAGAGAUCUAAAUGGAAA